UCAAACAAACAACAGGUUUAUCCUUUAACAUUGCCAUGGAAGACUUGUUCAACUGAUUCUCCCACUCUGGUUUUUCUUCAUUAUCUCUUCACUCAAUCAUCUCAAAGAUUUCAUCUUUGUAAUUUGCCUCUUGCUUGCAACCCACCCAGUAUCAGUUUCUUCAUUUCUUUCACUUUCUCCAGUCAAAUUCACGUGGAACGAGUGGACAUAAACCCUUCAAACUGGUGCUACUGAUUCCGACCUUUCGUAAGUUGAAUCUUUCUUGAAAUUCCUACAUGGGUUUAUAGUUGUAUGCCUAAAACUAUACGAAAUUAUAGUUGCCCGCCAGGUGUUUGAUGAAAUGCCUGAAUGAGUUUAAAUUGUUUAAGUUAGUAAGUUUGUUGAAUUAGUUAAAGCUUGAAUGGCUUUUAGUUUUUCCUCUUGUUUAACCUGUGACCCCUGGACUCUACCUCAAAUCCUAAAGCACCCAUCUUUGUUUUCAACUCCCACAAAGCACCCAACUUUUGUUUCCUUUGCAUCCACUAAACACUAUGAGCAACUCACAACUUUACCUUCAGAAAAAGAUGUUGUCGAUAUGCUGCGCGGUGAGAACGAUGAGAAAACUGUGAUUGAUGUAUUUAAAUGGGCGUUAGAGCAACCGAGUUUCGAACCCUCUUUGGGACUUUACGAGGAAAUGAUUAGAAAGCUUGGUCAAGUAGGUUCGGUUGAGUCGAUUAGAAGCGUGUUGGAUGAAAUGAAACGGUCUUCGUGUAAGGUUAAGGAAGAUACUUUCUUUGUUUUGAUUGAAAGUUUCGCUAAGUUUGAGUUAUACGAUGAGGCGAUUUGUGUUCUGUUUAUAAUGGAAGAAGAGUUUCGAGUGAAACCGGGGACUGACAGUUAUAAUUUCUUGUUAAAUGUUCUUGUUGAUGCGAACAAGUUGAAGUUAGUCGAAGAUGUUCACUCGUUGAUGUGUAGUAAAAGAAUUAAACGAGACGUUGCAACGUUCAAUAUCUUGAUAAAAGCUCUUUGUAAAGUCCGUCAAAUGAGGCUUGCGAUUUUGAUGAUGGAAGAGAUGCCAGCUCAUGGAUCGGUACCCGAUGAAAAAACGUACACGACCCUGAUGCACGGGUUUAUUGAUGAAGGGAACGUAGACGGUGCGUUAAGAAUCAGAGAACAAAUGGUAUCCGCUCAAUGUCAAUCAACCAAUUUAACCGUUAAUACUUUGAUUCACGGGUUUUGCAAAAUCGGUCAAGUUUCGGAAGCUUUGAAUUUCGUUCAAGAAAUGACAAUUGACGGGUUUUUUCCCGAUCGGGUUACUUUCGAUACGUUGGUUAACGGUUUAUGCAAAGCGGGUCAUGUACAUCAAGGUUUAGAGAUUAUGGAUGUCAUGUUUCAAGAGGGUCAUGAUCCGUAUGUACACACUUACAACACGGUGAUAUCGGCAUUGUGUAAAAUGGGUAAAGUUGAAGCGGCAAAUGAAAUUGUAAACCUAAUGCUCGAACGAGACGUUUCUCCCGAUACGGUCACGUACAACACGAUCGUUAGCGGUUUGUGUAGCGAAAACCAAGUUGUAGCAGCUUCCGAACUUGCGCUUAACCUAACGAGCAAAGGAAUUCGACCCGAUGUUUCGACAUUCAAUUCGCUGAUUCAAGGUCUUUGCUUAUCGGGCAAAUUUGAAACCGCACUAAACGUGUUGGAUGACAUGAAGAACAAAGGGUGUCAAGCCGACGAGUUUACGUACAACAUGCUAAUCGAUUGGUAUUGCUCAAAAGGUAAACUCGAUGCCGCUUUAAAAAUCUUGAACGAAAUGGAAUCGAGCAACUGCCCGCGAAGCGCGAUAACGUACAAUACACUUAUCGACGGGUUUUCGAAAAACAAGAAAAUCGAAGAAGCGGGUGAAAUUUUCGAUCGAAUGGAGCUUCAAGGGGUUCCGCGAAAUAUGACGACGUACAACACGCUUAUCGACGGUCUUUGCAAGAACAGACGGUCUGAGGAAGCCGCUAUGCUUAUGGAUCAGAUGAUAACCGAAGGGUUAAAGCCCGAUAAGUUCACGUAUAAUUCGAUUCUUUCCCACUUUUGUAAAACGGGCGAUAUUAAAAAAGCAACGGAUAUCGUGCAAGUUAUGGUUACGAACGAAUGCGAACCCGAUAUCGUAACGUACGGGACUUUGAUUCAAGGGUUAUGUAAAGCAGGACGGAUCGAGGUUGCGUGCAGGUUACUUAGAAGUAUCCAGUUAAAAAACAUGGUUGUAACACCGUACGCGUAUAAUCCCGUUCUUCAAACGUUGUUUAAAAAGCGCGGUGCGGAUGCUGCAAUGGAGUUCUUUAGAGAAAUGGAGAAAACGGGCUGUCCUCCUGAUGAGGUGUCGUAUAGGAUUGUUUCAAAAGCGUUAUGUUCGGGUGGAGGGCAAAUUGGUCAAGCGGUUGACUUUAUAUACGAGAUGACGUCGAAAGGUUUUGUACCGGAGUUUUCGGCUAUUUAUAUGCUGGCUGAAGGGCUUUGUGCGUUGAAAAUGGAUGAUACUUUGGUUAAGAUAGUGGAUCAGAUCAUGAAAACUGCAAAGUUUCCGGAGAAUGAAGUGAAAAUGAUAACGGGUUUCCUUAGAAUUCGUAAAUUUGAAGAUGCGUUGGUGACAUUGGAUCGGUUUCUUAGUAUUCGGAAGCCGAAGAGAGGUUAUUGGUGAGGGGAAUAUGCUGCAAAAUGAGUUAAUGUGCAUGCUCAUUCUAAGUUGAAUCGUCGAUGCGACCCGGUAUGUCUGGUGAGAUAGCAUUAUGCAAAUCUAAUCAAUUGCUACCACUGGAAAACGGUCUACAUCUAUAAUGGCUUUCUCAACAUGGUAGUAACUAGUAAGUAUGACAGGUAAUAAGACCUGAUAAGA